AUGCCUCGCUCGGCUUGGAAAGGUCCGUUCUUUGUCGCAUUCCCUGGUCUUCGACAGGCAAUUCAAAAUGGUACUCCCAUUGCCACUCAAGCCCGGAGUUGCACCAUUCUUCCUUCAUUCGUUGGCUUAAAGUUCCUUGUCCAUAACGGAAAAGACUACAUGCCUGUACACAUUACCGAAGAAAUGAUUGGACACAAGUUGGGCGAAUUCUCGUUCACUCGCAAGCGCUUCACUUACCGUUUUACCAAAGCCAAAUAA